AUGAAAUCUCCUCAUCAGGUGAAUUACAUCGACUGGAAGCCUUAUGGCCCCAGUAAUGGAGCCCUGGCCAGCUUUCUGUCAGUUGCUGUGCACAGGGGUGAGAAGAUGGUCGGGGUCUUUUGCACCCAGUUGCCUCCGGAGAUUGAGCCUCGGAAUUCCUCUGCCUACUUGCAGGAUUUCAUCGAUGACUUGAGCACCACUUUUGAGAAGUUCAGGUACGGCAGCCUGGAGGAUAAAAUAUAUCCACCUCCCACACAGCCCAUUACAGAUGGCUUCAUUGCCGCCAAUGACAUUUGGGACCAGUUGAAGCCACUCCUGAUCCAGGAAGAGCAGGAUAUGGCAGCAGUGCGGCUCUUGACUGAACAACUUGCAGAGGCGGCUGCAAGUCUGAAUCCUUUGCUGCUGGACGGGGCUUGGGAAGCGUACCCUGCGCUGGAAGGCGCCAAGAUCCAGACGUCCGCGUCUCUCCUGCUGCUCCUUCAGCGUUUGACGCGUGAUGCGGUGCGCUUCGCCCUGAACGGUCAAAGUGCUGCCUUCCAGGGAGAUAUCAAGUCCGUUGAUGAGAACCUGCAGGCUUUGAUGAACGGUCGGAGUGGCCGGCGAUUGGUCUCCAAGAAUGACAUCGACAUUGUCAGUUCGGUUGAAGGCGUCGAGUUGCUGAAACUUUUGGAAACUGCCUGGCUUUUACAGAAGCCAAAGCUGGUCGAGUUCUUUGAUAUGACGACUCCCGGGGAGGCCAACCUGAAAUCCUUGAUCGAUGCUGCCGAUGACACCCGUACAGCCGCGGAAAAAGUGAUGCAGCAUGUCUCCACGACGACUCGAACCACCACUCUGAUCGAGGUCCAUGUCUUGACGCCGGUGCCGCUGUCGGGGAGGUGGGCAGCUGGGCAAACCUUUCGCACGGCACUGAGAUUGGCGGAGUCCUUGAUCAACAACGAUCAGCUAAUCUUACCCGGUUACGAGUUGAAACACGACAUUAUGGAUGAUGAGUGUGACGGUGGAAAAGGCGCCGACGUCGUUGUCUCGGCCAACACGGCGAGAGACACGUACGUGGCGCUGGCUGGUAUGGGAUGCAACGAAGUGUGCAGACAAGUUGCAACGCUUUCGGCAUCUCUGAAGCUGCCAUUCCUGAGCUUCUAUUGCCCAACUCCUGACUUCUCCAACGUAGCCGUCCAUCCUCAGCUUGCUCGUCUUGGAACUGUGCUGGAACCACACUUGCCACAGAUCAUGAGCGAGUUGAAGGUGAGGCAUGCGUGGAGCCAUAUCUUUGUGAUCUCUUGCGAUAGUUCCUACUCAGCAGAGGCCGAACGCUAUGUGGAAAUUUUGCAGAACGUUGGCAUUCGACCAACUUCUUUGAGCCCAGCUUCAGAUAAACGUUUUGAAGACAUUCAGAAUUUGAUGAGCGGCAUCAAGGAGCAAACCACAGGGGAGCAGCGUGUGGUCCUAGUAGUAGGCGACGAAACCUUCUUCCGAACCCUGAUUUGCGCGUCGAUCACGGCCAGGCUCCACAGCGGUCUGACGUGGAUCUCCUUCGGGGUGCAGAGGUCUGAAUGGUGGAAGAAGUCAGACCUUUCUACCUCGGCACAGAGGCAGUGGGUGUCCGAGACAGCUGGAAGCUUCCAAUUCGUGAAGGCCUUCACAGAGCUGAAGACAGGUUGGGACCUCUUUCGUCAAAGCACGGAAGCCACGCGGAGUGUUCUAACAGAGCUCUACGUCACAGAGCUGAAAGAUGCGUUGAUCACGGUGGACGGGGGUGAAAGUUAUCAUCAAGCCCAUCAAGAGUGGCAUCCAAUCUACCGGUCCCUGCUCUACCGUAGGAAGUAUUAUGACAUCUUCUUCUUUGACAUUGAAGGUAACAUGAUUUAUUCGGUCUACAAGGAAGCCGACUUUGCCACCAACUUCGCAGCGAGCUCGAAUGGACCCUGGAAGGAUUCGGGACUUGGUCGUGUCUACCAGGAGGCAAUGGCAAACCCAGAUGACAUUCACUACGCGGACUUCGCGCCGUAUGGUCCCAGCGGCGGCGCGGAAGCGGCCUUCUUCGCCACGGGGGUAAGAGACAGCACCGAUCAGCUCAUCGGAGUCUAUGCCAUUCAGCUGCCUCCCGAUUACCAGAAAUCCAUUGAGGACCAAGUGCCCGAGUGUUCAUUGGAGGCCAUCAACGCGGCAUAUGAAGGUGCCGUCAGCGUGGUGGGCCUCGGCAAGCCGGUGAGCGAAGACAUGGAAAAACCACUGCCGUGCUUCAAGGGGCACAGCCCCAGGAGUUUCAGAGCCUUACUGGACCAUCAUUUGCAGAACGGUUUCCCGGAGGGUGACCUUUCCACCAUCGUCAGCGACCCCUACGACGAUGUCAAAGGGCUUGCCGUUGAUGGUGCGUGUGCAUUUGCUUUCUCCUUGCAGUCCAUGCUGAAGCAGGGCUAUACCAUGGGACAAGUUCAACACCCUGAUGAUGAGGUUUAUCAGAGGUUCACAAGCUUCCUUCGGACCAGCAUGGACUUUCAGGGUAUCUCCGGUCGUGUGAAAUUUGGUGGCAACGACCGCGCUAAUACCUUGGCGAUUCAACAGGUGCGACAGGGAAGAUCCACGGCUGCAGGCCAUGACACAGCGGACCCAGGAUCCAUCGAAGUAGGUUUGGUGGAUCCUCAGGGGUUGCGCUGGCUCGACAACGGUACAGUGGCAGAUGCUUGGAAGAUUGAACCGGUCCCACCCUUUGAGCAAAUGUGGCUUAUUCAAGCUGCUGUGCCUUGGCUAAACCUCGAUGAAGAAUACCCCCACGAAACAAUGAUGUUUUGA